GUCUCGGUGCCACGAUCACCAUUCGUCCUCGGAAACUUCAUUGUGCUCGUUUUGAUUUUAUUACUCCUUUAAACAAACACCAAACUACAUACAUCUAUCUCUACUGCAAUCAGAAUGGCAGCCAACCCGUCCCUCGAAGUCUGCCCUGACUUCACCACGGACGCUUAUGCAAACAUCUGCCAAGACAUCCACAGAGCCACCGGGGAAACCCAAGAAAACAUCAUUAAUCGCCUAACCGAAUCCUGGACGGCUGGUCACAACCAAAGAGUCGCCGAACGGAACCAGCAAAGAGAGAGAGAAGCCGCCGAUGAAGCCGAGGCAGAACAAGCGCGAGCGGAACAAGAAAGAGAACUCCGUGCGCUACAGGAAGCUGAGGCUGAGAGAGAAAGGGUCGAAACUGAGAAGAAAAAGCCAAAAAUGAAUAGCUUCAAUGAAGCAGCCUCAGUAGGAGACUCUAUCUCUCCUCGUCCCUCGCAGUAUGCAGUCCAAAAACUCAACAACUUCGAAUAUGUAGAGUUAUGGUAUUUUCCCCCCGAUGGAUGCAAAGAGGCGCUACGAACAGCCCGCUCGGUGGCAGAUGACUAUGGUCUCACUAGAGUCGAUGACCAGCUCACUCUGCGCCCCGCAUACGCUUUCAAAGCCUCAAAAGCAGCCGUCGCCGAUCACGACCUCCCGUUUUCAGUUUUCCUUCGCGCGAAGAACUUAUUCUUAAUGCAACUCAGCAAAGCUAAAUGGCCCCAAACCCACAUCAACGCUCUUUCCCUCUUCUUCUGGCACUUGGAAAACCACACUGUCCGCAAUAACAGCGACAUAGGUGACUUAGUGAUUCUCAACUACGCUUCACGUGUCCGCCAAGAUUGGCACGACCGUCUCAAACGAGACGAGGGCUUUAACAUUGCAAUCAUCAACAAAACCCUCCUCCGUUCGAUCAAUGAGGAACUCUGGGACAAAAUCCGCUCUCAUUCGUUAGCCGCGCCCAAGACGAGCGAGUCCUCGUCGGGCCACUCCCAGCAUCGUAAAACGAGCUAUCGUGACUACCACUGCGAUUCUCGUCGGGAAAACCACGAGUAUAACCGUUGUAACUCUCGCUCGCGUUCGCAUCGCCGGAACGGCAAUGACAACCAGAAGUUGUCGCCUGACAACACAAAGAACCGCCAACAGCGCCGGCGGGGUUUUUCCCAUGGCGCAGGCUCUCGCGGCCGGUCAGCCUGCGCCGUUUGCCUCGGCCGUUUUGCCCACGACAUUCAACGUUGCAACUCUGCAACACUGUGGGACGGAACCUCCGCCUAUUGUCACAAAUCCAAUAACAACCGUCUCAUCAAUCCUCAAGGAAGUGCCCUCUGCUUCAAGUGGCAAUGACCCAGUGGUUGUCACACUGGAACCCACGAACUGCACCACGAAUGUUCCGGUUGUGGAAGCAAGGAACACGGCGCUCAAGGAUGCCCUUGAAGCGAGAAAGGGCAGAGCACUCACGCCUUAUAAGCCUGAAGGAUGGGCCCGUCUCCUCAACGAGACAGGACUUAUCAGUAGAUACCCCCAUAUCCCAGAAUGCCUCGUGUCAGGUUUCUCCGGGGGCAUUCCCCCGAUCAAAUGUACAUACAAGCCUCCUAAUAAUCCCACCAUCGAGCAACACUCAGAAGCUUUCUGGAGUAUCAUUAAUCUCGAGUUUUCGAAAGGACGUUUCUUUGGCCCAUUCACAGCGAAAGACCUCGAAUCAACCGUCGGCUGCUUUCAAACAGCCCCUCUUUCACUCGUACCCAAACCCAGAAAGCCAGGGAAAUUUU